AAGGCUAUGAGGAUACAGAACUUUAUUUACUUUACAUGCUCAAACCUUCUGGUAAUUUCUGCUUUUUGGCUCUGGAAUGGAUUUCAGCAACCCAAAAGGGGAUGUGCUAGCACUGUAUGGGAGAAUGAGGCAUACUGUUAUGGAUGAUACCUCAGCAUAAUUGGAAGCAUGGUGCCUGAUGCCUGCUAGCUGCUGCUGAGUGAGAUUCAGCAUAAUUGGAAGCAUGGUGCCUGAUGCCUGCUAGCUGCUGCUGAGUGAGAUUUCUGCUGUCACCACAAUGCAAUAUCCCUUUCAUGUGCCACACUGCAACAUCCCUCACACUACAGGCAGACAUUUGUUUUCAUUUUAAUGAGAGUCCAGUGCAAUUCAUGACAUCCACAUAAAUAUUUAUAUUAACACAAUGACCAUAGUCUUCUCAGAGCUUCUUUUAAGCAUGCAUGACUGCAUCCUCCGUUGUUUCCGGGAAUAUAAUGGAGACUAAAAUAUAAUUUUCCUUUCACUUUGCCCACCCACUAACCAUUGGAUUUUUAACUUUCCAAGAGUAAUAAAAACAAUAAUUGCAUGACAGUCACAGUAUACAUAGUACUGUAGCCAAUGUAUAGUCGCCCUGUGUCAUAACAUGACAGGGCUGCGCCAGAGAUCAUGGACAUGACAUAUGUGUCACCUGUUACCCUGACUGAGUGAGGACUGUGUGUGUGGUGCUUCUGUUGUGAUAGAGAAGAGGAGGAGCGGGCUGAGUGAGUGUGUCCCUGUCUGAGUGUGAGUGACUGGGCGGCGGUGUGAGAGGCAGCCUGAGAGCACACAGCAGCAGCAGCCGCCACCGCCAGGAGGACGCGUUGUGGUAAUUGGCAGAGUGAGGACUCGGUGUUUUGUCCCUGCCGGCUCUCGGUGGGGGAGAUGGGAGAGAGCAUGUCUAAGAGACUGAGGCUGCAGCUCGGCGGGGAGGCGGAGAUGGAGGAACGCUCUUUCAACAACCCCUACUCGGAUUACCGGCCUCCCCAGCCCUCCCCCGAUACCGGGGAACAGGAGGAGGGAGACGACGAAGCCUCUGGUGACGAGGGGGAGCUGGAUCUGCCCUUUGACAGGGAUGGGAAGAUCACAGGAAGGUUUUCAAGACGCAUCCAGACUAAAAUAAGUGACUUGCUUCAGCAAAUGGAAGAAGGACUGAAGACGGCAGACCCACACGACUGUUCUGCUUAUACUGGAUAUACAGGCAUAGCCCUGCUCUACCUGCAGCAGUACCGUGUCACUCAGGAACAGGCGCACUUGCAGCGCUCUCUUGAUUAUGUGAAGAGAAUUCUGCGGAAUCUGAAUGGGAGAAGAGUCACUUUCCUCUGUGGUGAUGCCGGGCCUCUUGCUGUUGGUGCUGUAGUCCAUCACAAGCUGCAGAACCAGGCUGAAUCCACUGAUUGCAUUACAAAGCUACUGCAGUUACAUAGAGGGGUGGUUGGCGCAGACCCUGAACUUUCAGAUGAGUUACUGUACGGGAGAGCCGGUUACCUAUACGCAUUGCUGUAUGUAAACAAAGAGAUUGGACCAGACACCGUGCCUCAGGCUACUAUCAAAGAGCUUGUAGAUGCUAUCAUAGAGUCUGGGAAAAAUUUGUCCAGAGAGGAGCAUAAGACAGAACGUUGCCCCCUGCUGUAUCAGUGGCAUAAGAAGCAUUAUGUCGGAGCAGCCCACGGAUUGGCUGGCAUUUACUACACACUGAUGCAGCCGUUGGCAAAAGUGGACCAAGAAACUUUGACAGAUCUCGUCAAGCCAAGUAUUGACUAUGUACGCCAUAAGAAGUUUAGGUCUGGAAAUUACCCGUCAUCCCUAAGCAAUGAAACAGAUCGUUUGGUGCACUGGUGUCAUGGCGCACCCGGAGUAAUACACAUGCUCAUUCAGGCACACAAGCUUUUCAAAGAAGAGAAGUACUUGAAAGAUGCCAUAGAGUGCAAUGAUGUCAUUUGGCAGAGGGGCCUCCUAAGAAAGGGAUAUGGCAUCUGUCAUGGAACCUCAGGAAAUGGAUACGCGUUCUUAUAUCUCUAUAACCACACCCAGGACAAGAAGUAUCUCUACAGAGCUUGCAAGUUUGCAGAAUGGUGUUUAGAUUAUGGCAAACACGGCUGCAGAAUCCCCGACAGACCAUAUUCCCUCUUUGAAGGAAUGGCUGGCGCAAUUCAUUUCCUGUCAGACAUGUUGACACCAGAGAAUUCACGCUUUCCUGCAUUUGACCUUUGAUAGGAUGGCAGAAGAAUUUGGAGAGGAAUAUCUGUGGAAACGUGCACACAUGUCAGUGUCUCCAGUAGAUGCUGCCAGCCUUGUCUUGUCGCCACUUUUUACAGAAGAGUUGUGAAGACACUGCUAUGGAAAAUGGGCUACUCUGAACUAUACCAUUAACCCCAGGAUAGUGUUAUUAUUUUAUGGCAGAUGCUUAGUGAUUCUUUUUUUUUUUUUUCUUAUAUAUAACAGUAACACUGUUUGUUGCUGGACACUGCACUCUGUAAGGUGUCCUGCUUUCAGAUUGAUUGUUGAAAGGUGAUUUAGUUUCAUGUAGUAAAUAGUACAGUACAUUCCAUAAUUAACUGCCUGGCUGCUUAGGAAGAAUGAAUCUGACCUUUUCAAUGCUCAGACACCACUUAGACUAAUCUAAUUUACGUUGCUGUGUUAGUGGCAGUAAGAAAGUGGGGAGAAAAAAGGAAAACAACCUGGGCUCUUAUUCAGCGUUCCUCUGUAAUCUAAUGAAUAGCGUAAAUAUCUAAAAUCACAAAAUACAAUGUGUAAAAGUAUUUGAGGUGGGAAGAUCUACUAAAAUGCAUGGGAUUGCACAGGAGGUCACGCCACCUUCAUUUAUAUUUCUAUACUGCGCCUGGCCUAUAAUUGGCACACAGAUUCAGGCUUGAAUGAAUCUGGUGGCCAUUAUCUCUGUAUCACUAUCCAUUAUUUCUGUCUGGUGUGUUAGCAUUGGUUUGUUUUGGCUUCUUUCUUACUUUUUCCAGCCAUAUAUAUUUUUUAUAUGAUCAGUUGAAUGAUCAUUUGAUGUGUUGUAAGCGGAUAUAAAGUAAACCGUUUUAUUCAA